AUGUUUCUUUUCCUGGUCUACGGUUCACUUUCUACAGUUUAUUUUGAAGAUGAAUUAGAUGAUGACUGGGAGCAGAGAUGGGUCUAUAGUAAGCAUCGUCCUUCAAAAGGUGAUGGUAUUAUGGGCCAAUUUCAAUUAACAGCAGGUAACUAUUAUGCAAAUGCCGAAAUCCAACGUGGUCUUCAAACAGUAUCAGAAAGUGGUUAUUAUCAAAUCACAAGUAAAUUCAAAAAACCAUUUAAUACAUCCGGAAAAACGUUUGUUGUUCAAUAUACAGUUAAAUUUGAAGGCGGAUAUGAGUGCUCAGGUGCUUACAUCAAAUUACUUGGUAAAAAUGAAAAACCAUUGAAAUUCAAUCCAACAACACCAUAUCAAAUCAUGUUCGGUCCAGAUGUAUGCGAAAAGAAGCAGCAUAAGUUAUACUUAUUCAUUACCAGAAACGAAACAUCUUAUGAUGUUCACAAAUACAUUGAUGUUCCACAUGAUGAGUUAACACACUCUUAUACAUUGAUUAUCUUUGCGAACAAGACAUACGAAGUCCGCAUAGAUGGCGAGCCAGUACUCCAUGGUGAGAAUAUCAAUACAGAUUUCGAAAUCGGAGGUCCGAAAUACAUCCCCGACCCAACAGACCUCAAACCAGAGGAUUGGGAUGAUCGUGAGGAGAUUCCAGAUCCUAAUGACAAGAAACCAGCCGAUUGGGAUGAGCGUCCAACAAUUCCAGAUCCAGAUGCUCGACAACCAUCGGAUUGGCGCGAAUCUAUUAAAGGAAAAUGGGUUCGCCCGAUGAUAAAGAACCCAGAUUUCCUUGGAGUAUGGAAACCGAAGAUGAUUCCAAAUCCAAAUUACAAAGGUGACUGGAUUCCUAAACAGAUUCUCAAUCCAGAGUUCAUAGAUGAUCCAAACUUCGCCGUAUUCGAAGAUAUGGGCUUCAUGGGCUUAGAAGUCUUCCAGGCGAAGCCAGGAACGAUUUUUGACAACUUUUUAGUUACAGAUGACCUUUCUUACGCCGAGAAGAAGCUCAGAGAGAACUUCCUUGUCCUCAGAGAUGACGAGGCAGCAGCGAUGAAGCGCUACCGGGGAGAAAAGAGGGCUGAAGAAGAACUCCACAAACUGAGACAUAAAUCGGCCGAAGAAAAGACAGAUGCUGACUUCUACUCGAGUUCUGCAACGUCAAGUACAUCAAGUACAGAAGAUGAUGGUGAAACAGAUAGAAACUUCAUCUUCUCUACUUCGGAAUUGCCACCGCAGCCAUCAAUCCAGGACUUUGAAUUCCCUUACAACUGCGACAACAAUCCGUACUUCAUGAAACAGGAAGUUUUCGCUCUAAACGUUGCAUCGAAGGAGGCAAGAGAUAAACUCCGCGAGAACCGUGAUAAGAAUCGCGCUGAGAAGGAGUUAAAGGAAGAUUUCAACAUGGGUGUUAAAGAAGAAACUGAGUUAUAA